AUGUUCGCUCCCCUCGUCUACCUGCUCUUGGCCAUCCCCAACGCCUCAGCUGCCAUUCUCGGGACCACCUAUCUCACACUUCCCCCAUACCAACCACUCUACGCUCGCUCCAUCUCCCCGGACUUCUUCGGUUUCUCCCUUGAGUUCUCGGAAUUCCCCUACUGGGCCGGCCAGGCCGUCGGGCAGCCCAAUACCUUCGUCAACCAGCUCUUGGCCAAUCUCAAGAAGCGCACCGGUAUAACCCCGCCUAUCCGAGUCGGCGGAUCCUCCGAGGACUUUGGGCGACUCAAUCCCAAUGUCCAGAUCGGCAAUGCGUCCUAUCCCAACGCUACGGCAUCUACCCCUUACCCCCAGGCUUCCGCCGUGACCAUAGGUAGGGACUGGUAUGCGCUCUCAGGGAAUUUCCCCUCCGACACCAAGUUUGUGUGGGGUGUAGCGAUCCGACCCCCUACCUCUCGGAACGAGACGAUCGCUCAGAUCAAGGAGCUUGUCCGUGUCUUCCAGGGAGACCGGAAGAACGUCCUCAGCGGCCAGACUCUCGAGUACCUCCAGCUCGGCAACGAGCCCAACGGGUGGACGGCCGACUGGGCAGCUACCUUCGGGGCCGGCUGGUCUCCCCAGAACUACACCAAGUACUGGCUCGACACCGCUGCCGCCGUCCUCCCCUACGUCAAGCUCUCCACCAACGGCGGUACUACCCUCCUCCCUUCCGGCUUCUCUGGAAGCCUGAACCAGCCUCCCUUCACCAACCAGUACCUCCUGGGAUCGGGUCUGCUUGAUGACUCGCGCGUAUCGGGCAACAUCACCGCCGUCAACUUCCACAAGUACUCGGGCUUCCGGUCCAGUGCGGUUACCCUCGCUCCCCCGGGAACGCUGCAGAGCAAGAACAACGUGUUCCAGAACUGGACAAGCUACUCGGUGGAUGCGAACUACGUACACACGUAUGGGAAGAAGGUGGUGUUUGGCGAGACCAACAGCUAUGCCAACCACGGUCUGCCCAACCUCUCCAACACUGCCGAAGCUGCUGUCUGGGGCGUGUCUUACCUCCUCGGUGGUGCCGCACUCGGGGUCGACCGUCUCCACUUCCACAACGGCUACGGAUACGUCUACAAUGCCCUUGCUCCGGGUACAAAUGUCUCGGACGGACUCAACUACACCCGCCAGCACAUCGGUCCCCUGUACUACUCCACCGUCGUGGUCGCCGAGGCCAUCGGAUCUUCGGGCAACACCUACGUCGCCGAGCUUACCUCCACCAACAACACCAUCUCGGCUUACGGGAUCUGGGAGGGCAAGAGGCUCGCCCGGAUGGUUCUCACCAACCACGACACUUUCAACGUGAACGGGACCAACUCGACCGAGGAGAGGACCAGUCAGCUCGUCAACCUCAAGAGCUUUGGCUUGGUUGAUGUCAACGUGGGGACAGCUACCAUCAAGUCCCUAAAGAUCCCCUACACCAAUGCUCAGCGCAACAUCACCUGGGCCGGCCAGACCUUCGACACCGCUUCCGGCUCGCCCGAAGGUACCGUCACCGAGCCCUACCUCAGCGGCAACGUCAUCAACGUCGAGGCGAACAGUGUGCACUUGAUCUGCUUCAAGUAG